AUGGCCCCAGCAAAAACACGUCCAAUUCAGAAAUUUGCAGAGGCCACUGCCAAAUGCUCGGCACAGGCUGCUGCGUAUGGAAAAUGCAUUGUAGCCGACUACAACUCCGUGCACAAAGACAAGUGCGUCACUGAGUUCAUCAAAUUAAAAGAUUGCUACUUGGUCAGUCCAAUGAUUUCAGACAGCCCAUUCUGA